AUGUUAGGUUGCAAACCUGCUGAGACUCCCAUUGAACAGAAUGUGAAACUUAAUGAGAUAAAUGGAGAUACACCAGUUGAUAAAGGGAGGUAUCAAAGACUAGUUGGGAGAUUGAUAUACUUAUCUCAUACUAGGCCUGACAUAGCAUUUUCUGUAAGUGUUGUAAGUCAGCAUAUGCACAAUCCACAAGAGAAGCAUCUUGAGGCUGUAAAUAGAAUUUUAAGAUAUCUGAAGAAAACUCCUGGAAAAGGACUGUUCUUUAGGAAGACUAAUGAAAGAAAGGUGGAAGCUUUCACAGAUGCAGACUGGGCAGGUUCAACGAGUGAUAGAAGGUCUACCUCAGGAUAUUGUACAUUUGUUUGGGGAAAUUUGGUGACUUGGAGGAGCAAGAAGCAAACUGUAGUAGGAAGGAGUAGUGCAAGGGCUAAGUUUAGGGCAAUGGCACAAGGGAAGAAUAGUAAUCUCCUGAAAUAA